AUGGCCGAAGAAUUCGACGACGCCGACUUCCUUGCUGCAGAGGCGGCUGUUCAGCGAUCGGCGGCAGUACCUCCACGCACGGCGAGUCCUGCCACGAACAAUGCAUCAAAGGUGGUUCAACCGAAGCCGCAGGCAAUGCCCAGCAGGCAAGGUCCCUCCGCGAUUCUAGUCUCGACUCGACAGAAGGGUAACCCAAUCCUGAAUCAUGUCAAGUCACUCCCUUGGGAGUACUCUGAUAUCCCUUGUGACUAUGUUCUUGGUGCUACGACAUGUGCAUUGUUCCUGUCUCUGAAAUACCAUCGACUUCACCCAGAAUACAUUUACAGUCGCAUCCGACAACUAGGCAAGCUGUACAACCUUCGCAUCCUGCUGACCAUGGUAGAUAUCACAAAUCAUGAGGAGGCGUUGAAAGAGUUGUCCAAGACAUCUAUGAUCAACAACCUCACCUUAAUCCUCUGCUGGUCGUCUCAAGAAGCCGGCCGCUAUCUCGAACUCUUCAAAUCCUACGAGCAUGCCUCUCCCGCGUCCAUUCGAGCACAUCAAGCCGAAACCUACCAAGAAAGUCUGACGGAAUUUGUCACGACUCCUCGAAACAUCAACAAGACGGAUGCUGCAAGUCUCAUCUCAAAUUUCGGUUCUCUUCGAGCAGCAGUCAAUGCACACCCAGAAGAGCUGGCAUUGGUACCAGGAUGGGGAGAAAAGAAAGUCAAAGCAUGGACUACAACAGUACGAGAGCCUUUCCGAGUCAAGAGAGCGGCAAAAUCAAAUGCAGUUCUACUGAGACAAGAGAGCACGAUGUAUUCAGAGGGCGACAGCACGCCGGCCUCGAGGUCAGAGAGUGUCCCAGCACCUAUACCGAUAAGCACCGUACCAAGUCUCAGCAGACAAGGCACGGUAGCUGGGCAACCUGUCAAAGCAUCGGAGAUUUCCAGAGGCCAGAAGCGGCCACGACUGGAGGAGCUUCAGAUUGACGACGGUAUCAACGAAGAUGAGGCAGCCCUGCUUGCGAUGGCCGAAGCAGACAUCGAUCUUGCCGAUGCAGAGAAGCCGAAAGCUGCUCAAGCAGUUGCAAGGAAGGAACCCGAAUUGAGUGAAGGUGUCAUGGCCGCUUUGGCCAAACUACGGCAAAGCGGCUGA